AAACAUGUUAUAAUCUUAUAGUGGCCAAGGGGCCUAUUUUUGAACGGAACUUAUGUAUGAACAACAUUUAAAUAUAUACGGGAUUCGUAUACGUAUCCCGUUCAUGGAUAGAUCCUAGUUCAUUUGGUAUAAAUUCAUACGUGUUAUUUAAAUACAAUUUUUUUUAAAAAAUGGCACCAAAAAAGAAAUCGAAAGGAAGCAAAGGCGGCCGAACGAGUGCCGGGAUUGUGGAUGGUGUUUCCAUGGCUGAGAUGUCCAGAGAACAGCUCGAAGGGUUCGCUGCUAGAAUGAAGAAAGAGUUGGAACGUGAGAGAGAAGAAAGGAACUUUUUUCAACUUGAAAGAGAUAAAGUGUUAACGUUUUGGGAAAUCACGAGACAUGAGUUGGAAGAAAACAGAGCGUCAUUGAGGAACAAAGACAGAGAAAUUGAAGAUAUAGAGGAAAAGCACCAGGAAGAAAUCAAAGUUUACAAACAAAAGUUGAAACUUUUGAUGUACGAGCAGCAUGUGCACCUAUCAGAAGUGCAAGCUGAAAAUAUGGUUUCGUUGAAAAUUGCCAACGACGAACAUAUAAAUGAAGAAGAAGAAUUAGUUAAAGAGAACGACGCGCUCAAACAAGAAAUCGUCGAGAUAAAUUUACGACACAUCGAAGAAAUCAACAAUAUUCGAUUGGAGCAUGCCAAAGUUAUGCGAGAACUGAAAGACAGAUUCAUUUCUGACUGUCAAGUGAUCGAAGGAAAGUAUCAAAAACGUAUGGAAGGCUUGAGGAAUCGUAUGGACUUGAAGAACAAAGUGGAAGUGGCUGAGACUGAGGCGAGGAAGAACAAGCGCAUAGCGGAAAUCAUAGAAGACCACAACAACGCUUUCAACAACUUGAAAGAACAUUACAAUGACAUAACUGUCAACAAUUUGACGUUAAUCGGCAGUUUGAAGGAAAAGUUAUUAGAAUUAAAAGAAGACCAGCAGAGAGCGGAAAUGGACCUGAAAGAAGUGACCAAAGAAAACGAAUCGUUAAGAGGACCUUUGAAAGAAGCACAAAUUACCGUUGAAGAAUUGACACAAAAAAUGUGUAAUUACUUAAAGGACAAACAACGAUUAAUGAUUCUUACUAAACGGUUGAAACAUUCGAUCGAUAAGUACAAGGACCUCCAGGUGGAUUACGACGAGCUGAAAAUGAUUUCAGAGAAAGUGCAAGCCGAUUUAGACAAUGCUAAGGACGAGUAUUCGGAAAAAUUAAUGCAUCUGCAGAUGGAGCAUGGGAAAAAGUUGUUAGCGGUCGAACGUCGGCUGAAGCGAUUGGGAGAAACUGUCGAGGAAAAAGAGGCGCAGAUAGCGCGUCUGACCGGAGCCACGUCGGCUGACACUUCGAUCGCGAUGGCGAUGAAUGCAAAGACCGAGGCUUUGCUGGAUAAGAAAAACCGACUGAUCGAACAGAUAUGGAACGACUUGGCGGCUAUAACGGAGAAAUACAACGAGCUGUGUAAACAUUUCAAAAGCACGCUCCGACAUCACGGGAUACAGGGCUACGACGACAGCGUUUUCGAAUUGGUACCCGCCGACGACAAACAUGAAUAUUUCGAAAACCUCUGACCACCACCGAUUACUACAACAGCGAUAUUAUAAUAAUAUUAUACAUAUUAUAUUUAAUUAUGAUUUGUUGUUGUUUCAAAACGAUGAAAUAACUGCAUGCGUAUUGCGUGGUCUUCGAAUUUUUCACUUAUUAAUAUUUCUUAUAUGUUAUACAAUUUAGUAGAUAAAUAUAUCCGUCAACGGUUGACCUUACCAGUUACCUUCCUUACCUUGUCGGUUAAGCAAACCCAUUGUCAGAGUGUCAGACUGUCAGAAGUAAAUGGAGAACGAGGAGACCCGUUACCGUAAUUUUAUUUGCAAUGCCAGCUGGUAGUUUCUUGACAAAAGUAUGAACCUUUUGUAUGAAUUUCAAAUUACAUUUAACUUGAAAUAUAAAUAAUAAAUGAACAAUCAUAUAAUAAUAUAAAGCUCUUAGCUAUUUUUAAAACAACUAACAAAAAAAUAUAAAAUGUACGUUCUGAGGUAGGUAGUGAUAGAUGAAUGCCAAUUGCCAACUUUGACGAUUUCAAUUAUUUACUUUAAAAUUCAAUCGUCUGUUUCUACUGAUUCUAAUGAAAGAGUAUAUUUAUUAUUCAGUAGGUAUACUAAAGUUUGUUAAAAGUUAUUUGCAAACUAGGUACCUACCUACCAUGACGUAUGGUUGGUUGAAUAUAAAAAAUAUUUAGGUACCAAAAUCGACUAAGGGCAUUCUCGAUAAUACAGUCUACAGACAACCAGCCGUUAGAAGUAAAGGUACCUUUUUGGUGGAUAUUUUAUUCUUUUAAACAUUUGUAUAGAAUAUAAAUUAACUUUCAUAAUAAUUACGAAAUUAAUUUAUAUAAUGAAAAUCAAGGACAAAUAUUGAUUAGUUAAAAUAUAAUAAGUAGGUUGAUAAGAAACUUUGUACCUAUGUACCUACCAGUCUUGUAAAGUAUUUGAGUAAAAGUAUUUGAGUUAAUGUAUUUAAAUACUUUUAUAGUACUUAGAAUACUUUUUAAAUACUUUUUGGUUUAAGUAUUUGGAAAGUAUUUUAAAUACAGUCUUGGACGUAUUUGUAUUUGAAAAUCAAAUACUUUUGAAAAUUCGAACAAAUUAUUCGUCGGUCGUCACUUUUUUGAAAAUUAUUAUACUAUUUUAUUUAGGUAUAAAUUAUAAAAAUAUUUUUCUUUCAUAAUUGUUGAGAACUCAUGUCCACUAGCUCUGUAUAUCCACAUCAUUUAUAUUUCAUUAAGAACUGUUUAACUAGGUACCUAUUAUUAAAGAAUUUCUAUAGUAUAACAAGUUUUAUUUAUUUUCAUUUUUCAGUAUACAAUUGAAAAUGGUACAAAAAGUUCUAGUAAUACCUAGGUGAAUGUAUCAUGACAAUUUUAAAUUAGUAAUUACAAAAUUAAUUUAGCAAACUGACUAGUGGAAAAGUAAAAUAAAAAAAAAGUAUUUGAAAAGUAUUUAAGUACAUUGCAAGUAUUUAUAUUUUGUUCUUAAAUACUUUUUCUUAAAAGUAUUUGAAAUGUAUUUUAAAUACUUUCUGAAUGGAUGUAUUUGUAUCUGUAUUUAAAUACAAUUUUAAAAGUAUCUUUUACAAGACUGGUACCUACCUAGUACCAACUUACAUAUUAUGUUCAGUAAUUUUUCUGUAGGUAUUAUACACAUAUUACAUACAAUGACCUAUCUAUCUGUGUACAGUGUACUUGAAGUUUUGAAAUAAGAAGUGAAUAAGAAUUAAUAAUAUGCGGAUGAUUCCAAUGCUGCUUACCUAUUAUGAUAAUAAUAUUAUAUUUGACAGUAGUCACUAAUAAAUAGUAUUAGAGUUUUCUCCUCAGAGCGCUUGUUGUCGAUAUGAACUGUUCCUAUGCCCUAUAAUAUUCUAUAGUCUAUAACUUUCAAUAUGUCGAGUAUAAUAAUUGGCAACAUUAUAUGACAUAUCUUAAAGGGGUUUUAUGUAGGCAAUCUUAUAGUCAGUUUUUGAAAAAUUUAAUUUCUAAUAAUAAAAAAUAAUAUAUUUUUCAAAAACAUAGGUACAUUAUAAUAUACACAAUUAACGUAAAUUGAAUUUCAGCACCCCCUAAUAGCCAAGCUUGUGCUGGGGGAGUGGUUCUUAUAAAUUACAAUUUACAUAUAAUAAAAUAUAGUAAUAGGUAGUAUAAUAUAGUACAUAGUAUAUUAGUAUAGUACAUAUUAGAUUUAAACUUUUUCUUUCAACCAAAAAUCAUGGUCUCAAAGUUUGUAGAAAAUAAAAUUUGUCAUUACAUAUUUAUUUUACAUUGAUUAAAAUAUUUUAAGAGAUAAAAAUAAUAUUUCAAUAGAUUAUGUUAAUUUUAAAUGGAAUUAUGAUUUGUUUAUAUAAAUGUUAUUAAUGAAAUCACUUUAUCCCACGCUGAUGUUUGGAGUAAGUUGUUAAGUUUAUGUUUGAGAGAAAGCCAUCUUACUGUCAUGAUUGCUAUGGAACAUGUUUUUUCAGUAGAAUUUUUAACUUUAUUGCACUAAAUGCCUUCUAAGAAAUCUGUCAAUUAAUGUAAAUUCCUGGUUUUUUGCAAAUGUCUGAAAAUUAACAUAAUAUAAUUUUUUAUCAAUAGGUUUUUAUUAUUUUAAUAUACCUUAAUUAUUAUAAUUGAAAGUGUACAUUAAAUAACUUAACAAAAAUAAUGUAUUAUGUAGAAUUCCUGUCAUUACAGUGUUAUUUAAAAAAUAAUAUUGUUUUUUUUUAUGUAACUAUAACAUUUUAAAAUAUUUCUUUAAUAAUUAUUCUUAAAAACAUAUUAAACUUAAUAACUUAAUAU